CCUCCCGCUGGAGGCUCUACCCAUCUAUCGUUCCACUCUCUUCUGCCCUAAACCCAAAGCCCUACAUUCCAAGCUCACCCUCAAUCCCUGCAAAUCUCACCUCCAAUCCGAGCGCGGGCUUCAGUUCGAUGUCGGCGACACCUUUUUCCGUCGCGAGAGCGCCACCGGUCGUGACCUCGGCGUGCUCUCCGCAGCCCUUCGACGGAAUUCAGAGGGCAGCCUCAGAGUUUUGGACGCCAUGUGUGGGUGUGGAAUUCGAUCCCUCCGGUACUUGGAGGAAGCAAAUGCAGAUUUCGUGCUCGCGAAUGACGCGAAUGACUGCAUCCGGGGGAUAAUUUUGGGGAACCUCUCGCGGGUUUCUAGAGAUUCCGGUGAAAGAUGGGAUGUGACGCAUUCAGACGCGACUAGGGUCUUGACAGAGUGUUACUUAAAAAGAGAUUAUUUCGAUUUCAUCGAUGUUGAUUCAUUCGGGAGCGAUUCCAGCUAUCUGCGAGCUGCAGUUGGGGCUGUUAAAUUCGGCGGCAUGUUGUAUGUUACUAGCACGGAUGGUUACUCUUCCGGGGGUAACCGUCCUCGUCGUUGUUUGGCUGCCUAUGGAGCAUAUGUUCAACGAAUGCCAUACUCAAAUGAGAUUGGGUUGCGAAUGUUAAUAGGUGGAGUGAUUAGAGAGGCUUUGACUGCUGGUCAUCACGUUGUUCCCCUUUUCUCAUACUACUCCUACCAUGGACCGGUCUUCCGAGUGCUCUUAAAGAUCAACAAUGGGCUGCCUUCUGAUCAAAGGCAUUAUGGCUUCGUGAGCUACUGUAGUCAGUGUGGUGAUUCAAGAGCAUUCCCCUGGGAAGAACUUGGGAAAGUCAGCUGUUCAUGCUUAGCAAAUGUUCAGGAACAUUCUCCUGCUGUUUCAGGACCAGUAUGGACAGGGCCUCUCCACAAAGAAUCACAUCUUAGAGAAAUGUUAAACUUAGCCAACAAAUGGGGAUGGAUAGGCAAUGGCACAGGAAGAGAUCUUGAAAAGUUGUUAAAUCAGAUGAUUGAUGAGUGUGGCCCCAAUCUGCCAGUUGGUUACAUAAAAGUGGAUGAGAUAGCAAGUCGAGCAAAAGUGAAUUCCCCUCCCCUCAAUUCAAUACUGACUUCCCUGCAAAAGGAAGGGUAUGCUGCUAGUAGAUCGCAUAUUGCUUCCAAUGCAAUCAAGACAAAUUGUCGCAUGGGCGAAUGUGUACGAAUUGUGAAGGAACUACAACAGCUUGGAUAAAGAGCAGGUAAUUUAGGGCUUGUCACGCAUUUUCUGUUUGGAUGUUUCUGGAGCAAUAUACACACACAAUGAACAACAUCCGCAUCCUAAAGGUUGCUUGGAGGGAUCCUUUUCAGUGUGUGGUUGGAUUAUAAAGGGAUGAUGUUAAAUCUCAAAUACUUGGAUAAUGGUAGAAAACUAGUAACCAUAACUGGUUCCUUGCAUUGAAAUGUAACACCACAAUUUUUGUAUUAUGAGUCGAUCCAGUUGAAUUGCGCUGACCCGAGCUCGGGCAUGUUAAUCAAUUCUACAAAUGUAUGUGUUGACACUCCAAUAAUCUGAUGUAAUUGUUUAAUUUGAUAGUACGUAAUUAUUUUGAAUGGUGUUUGAUAUCAAUUUAAUGGUACUAGAACUGCAAUCUAG